AUGCCUCUGAACCCUUUACAAAAGGGAGCCGUGGCACUCCUAUCAGCCUUCGGCGCACUAAUGCGGCCCGCGCGCGCUGAUCUGGUCGCGGCUGUGGGCGAGACCACCGGUGAGUGGCUCCUGCCAUCCAUUCGAGACCGCAUGCGCCGAGACCCGGUGGGGGAACGAAUUCUCGCGGAACGACCCCGAGUGACGGACGCCACCCUGGCGCUGUGUCGUGACAUGCCCCCGGGUAGUUUCGGAGCGGCCUACGCCAAGUUCAUGGGCGACAGGCGCUUCAGUGCGGAUGAGCGGCCACCUGUGCGGUUCCUGGAUGAUGAGGAGCUGGCUUACGUCAUCACUCGAGCCCGGGAGGUGCAUGACUUCUGGCAUGUGCUGUUCGACUGCCACACGAAUGUGUUUGGGGAGCUGGCGCUCAAGGGGCUGGAAUUCGUACAGACGGGUCUGCCCAUGACGGGUCUUGCAGUUCUCGGGGCGCAAUACCGCCUGAACUCCGCCGACCGAGAGCUGCUGCAGCGGCACUACCUGCCCUGGGCGCUGAGGGCUGGCAGCCGCUGUGCCGACCUGAUGUGCAUCUACUACGAGAAGCACUUUCAGGACCACCUGGAAGACGUACGGCGGGAGCACCGCAUCAUCCCGGCACCACAACCGCCCCAGCACCUGAGAUUCAAGGGACUCAAGUCGAGCAAAACUUGA